AUGUUACAAUUUUUAAAUAUUGUCAUUUCUACGUUUGUAUUUAAGGAGGGCAAAAUUGUUGGAAUAGCCUUUGAUCAGACACGAACUUUACCAGCUCGUCUUGUUUGGGGCGUACCUGGAAAAGACGUGGAAUUACCUUGUGAUAUAACUCCAGCUCUUCCCAAUGAUAAUGUGACAAUGCUUUUUUGGUUUAAAGAUAAUUUGGGAAUGCCUCUAUAUAGUUUGGACGCAAGAGAUGGUCCCAUCGAUAAAGCGUCUCACUUGGCUAUGAGCGAUGACUUGGGUUCGCGAAGUUAUUUUAUAACUGAAGAUGAACCAUCGAAAGCUCGACUUAGGAUACAAAAUGUAAAUAUGCACGACCAAGGAGUCUUUAGAUGCCGGGUAGAUUUUGUCAAUUCGCCGACAAGAAAUUACCAGGUUAAUUUGACAUUAGUAGCUCAACCGUCAGCUCCUAGAGUAUUUGACGCAGAAGGCCGGGAAAUUAAAGUCGGCCAUCCCGCAGGACCUUUUUUGGAAGGACGUGAAUUGUUUUUAUCCUGUCAAGUUACAGGCGGUCGCCCAAAACCCACUUUAACUUGGUGGUACAAUGGUACAAUUUUGGACAGUGUGAUAGACUCAAGUCGUGAGUCGUUUACGACUGUCAAUCAACUUGUGAUAGCCUCUACUCCGAGGUACCUUAAAGGAGCUCACUUUGAGUGUCGAGCUUCUUCUUCAGAGACUGCUGGAUAUAUUUCCAGAGAAAUACCGGUAACAGUAUUUUUAAAACCCAAUAAAGUAAAAAUAGUGAGUCCCAACGAUUUGCUGUCCAUCAGUAAGUCACAAAACGUAAGAUGCGAGACUUCCGGUUCUUAUCCACCUGCCAAACUAACAUGGCUACUUGAUGGAAGGGCCAUUAGGAACGCUGUUGUUACUGUGCAAUAUCAGCACUCUAACUAUUAG